AUGAAUCAGUCUGGUUUUGCUCUUCCGCUGCUACGACGCUCACGACGCUGUUUGUUUCCAAAUUCCUAACCCAACUUUUAAGUGCCGUGUUGAUACGUGGUCAUUAUGACGACUUCUGGAAAACGAGGCAAGGUUCUUCGAAGUGAUGCACGUGAUAUUGUUUAUAACGUCAUCAAAUACUUCCAAGAAGAAAAAAAUUUGGAACGGUAUCAUCCGUUUCAAUACGCAAACGCUCGCGCCGCCAUGGCCACGGGUUUAUCUGUUAGCACUAUUGUGAAAAUAAAAAAAGAAGGUCAACUUGCUGAGGAGAAGAAGACAAGAAUUCGGACACCCAGCAAAGGGAGACGUGGUCUACAUAAUACUAGAGUCCCCAUUGACAAUUUUGAUAUCUGUGCCAUCGGAAAUAUUGUUAAUUCUAUUUACGAUGUGCGUAAAGAAGUACCCACGUUAAAUAAAAUAUUGGCAUCCGCAAAAAAAGACUUAAAUUUCAAAGGAUCUAAAACAACUUUGAGGCGGAUUUUAAAAAAUAAACUUGGCUAUCGGUUCAAAAAAUGCCGUCAAAACAGAUCGAUUCUUAUAGAAAAAGACAAUAUUAAAGCUUGGCGAGCCCGCUAUUUGCGACGCAUUAGAGAAAAUGAUGCAUUAGGACCCGAUAAAAAACCUGUGAUAUAUAUGGAUGAAACAUGGAUUCACGCCCACUAUACAGUAAGCAAAUGCUGGCAAAGUUCGAGGGAUAAGGGUGUUCGAAAAAAUGACAGCCCUGGCCAAAGGUGGGUAAUAGUUCACGCAGGAAGUGAAAAUGGUUUCGUGAGUGGUGCUGGCCUGGUUUUUAAAGCGAAAUGUAAAACAGGUGACUACCACGACGAAAUGGAUGGCCAAAAUUUUCUAAAAUAUUUGAAUGAAAAAUUAAUUCCAAAUCUGCCUCCAUCAUGUAUUCUAGUACUAGACAAUGCUUCGUAUCAUUCGAUGCAAUUGGACAAAGCACCAACAACGGCUACUCGAAAAGAUGAUGUAAAAAAAUUUAUGAAGGAACAUAAUAUAACCUACAGAGAGGAAUGGACAAAAGCAGAGCUCCUAACAGAGUUAAAGAAACAAAUGCCAGAGAAAAAGUAUGUAGUGGAUGAAUUAUUAAAAUCACACGGACACGAAGUCCUAAGAUUGCCCCCAUAUAACUGUGAUUUGAACCCGAUUGAGCAUAUCUGGAAUUUGUUAAAACAAAGGGUUGCUGACAAAAAUGUGGAACAGCAUGAAAACAAAAUUGAACAACUAACAAAAGAUGCCAUCUCAUCAAUAACAGCUGAAGACUGGAAAAAACAAAUCAACCAUAUUAAAAGAGUAGAAGAAACGUACUGGACACGUGACGUUACGAAUGAAACGGAAAUAGAUGAUUUCAUUAUACGAGUGGGUAUGGAUAGCAGCGACGAUUCAUCAAGUGAAACUGAUACUUCGGCGGAAGAAAGGGACAGUGAGAUGUCUGGGAUUGAAGAGAUUGAUUACGAUGACCCCGGUGAAGGGACAUCAACGUCUACUAAAACCGGUGAUAGGCCAUCAACGUCUCAAAAUUAAUUUGUCUAUUUUGAUAAAUAAAUAAUAAUGUUUCGCUCAAAGCAUUGUUUUAUAUUUACACCUAUGUAUUCUACAUACUUAUGUAUCUCUUAACAAGCUUGAAACUAAUGGGUUUUCGAUCCCGGAAUAUUAAUCUUGCUUAAAAAAUAUUUUUAAUAAAAUUGAAAAAUAUCUAUUUUUUCGAAAUUUCCCGGGAACUAAACCCUAGUAUUGCUGACCCUACCAUCUGUCUUUGCAAGUACUUAGACGCCAUUUUCGAUUCGUUUCUUUAUUGGCGCGGCUU